GCGCCUGCGCGGACCCGUCCACCUGCCACCGCAAAAGGCGCCGCGGAAGCGGGGGUGGGCCCAUGGCGUCCCGGGGCGGCGGCUCCCUGGGCCUCCUGCUCUGGGUCCUGCUCCUCCAGCCCUGGCGGGGUGGGGCGCAGGGGUGUGGCCAAGUAAUUGCGAAAAUCUUGGGAGGAAAGGAGGCCGAAGAAGGGAAGUGGCCUUGGCAGGUGAGCGUGCGGAUCAACGAGAAACACGUGUGCGGAGGCUCCCUCAUCACACAGCAGUGGGUGCUGACUGCCGGCCACUGUAUUUUAAGCCGAUUCCGCUACAGUGUCAAGAUGGGAGAUCGGAGUGUCCAUAGGGAGAUCACCAGUGUGGUGGUCCCUGUCCGGAACAUCAUCAUCCACCCUCAGCUCUCAGUAGUUGGAAUCAUUCAAAAGGACCUUGCCCUUCUCCAGCUCCUGUACCCUGUAAACUUCACCAUGACCAUCCAGCCGAUAUGCAUCCCUCAGAAGACUUUCCGAGUGGAAGCUGGGACCACGUGCUGGGUGACCGGAUGGGGCAGAAAAGAAGAAUAUGGCGGCGGCCUCAUCACAGCUGUUCUCCAUGAGGUCGACCAAGACAUCAUCCACCAUGAAAAGUGUAAUGAGUUGAUUCAGAAGGCCAUGACAACGAAGAGGAAUAUAGUACUGGAAGGGAUGCUCUGUGGCUAUAAGGAAGCUGGAAAGGAUUCUUGUCAGGGAGACUCUGGAGGGCCCCUGGUCUGUGAACUUAAUGCAACAUGGGUCCAGGUGGGAAUCGUGAGCUGGGGCAUUGGCUGCGGUCGCAAAAAUUAUCCUGGAGUUUAUACAGAAGUUAGUUUCUACAAGGAUUGGGUCAUUGGUCAGUUGAGUCAGGCUCGCUCUUGGGACUCAGCAGGCUUCCUCCCACUUCUGUGCCUGCUGCUGCCCCUGGGCGUCCUGGUGGCCCCGUGAUCACCCCGGCCCAACCCUCUCCUGUUGCCGAGUCUCUCCUGGGCCUCUCCUCCGACCUCCCACUCCUACUCAAAUGCCCUCUCCCCCAGUUCUGGUUGGCACCCAGUGACCCUGUAGAGAGCCACACAGUAAGAGCGGCAGCAAGGCUGGAGCCCCGGAAGUGUCCCAGCCUGAUGCCCCAGUCACCUAGGUCGGCCACAUGCACACCUUGGCUGUGCCCUGCCUGUCUGGAAGGAGGGAGGUCAAGCAUCGCAGCCUGAGAGCCAGCCGACUGGCCAGCUGAAGCCCGGGGCUUCCUUGCCAUCUCGGACAGCCCCUGCCCGAGAAGACAUCACGCCAGGAGCAGGGAGACAGCAUUGGACCUGGGUGUGGUCUCAGGCUGUCACCUGAGACUCUGACAAAGCGGUCAGCUUGCUGAUGGUGCAGAGAGAGGGAGGAGGCGUCACCAGGUCCCUGCCGAGGUGUGAGGCCCGGGGUUUCCACAUCUGCUGGGGUGUCUGGGGCUGGGAGACUUUUCCCUGCAGCCAGCGUGGAUCCAGCCAUGCGUGGCCAGCCUGUGCCACACAGGCCCUCCUGGGGCAGCCCCGUGAUGGGGUCCACUUCCUCAGUCCCUAGUGGCCCCAUCCAGGCUCAGCCCAAGUUGUGUGGAGGUGUUGGUGGAGUGUAGAGAUUUCUGACAUCAACUGAAUAAAUGUUUG